GCCCGCGCGCGCGGAGUGUGUGAGGACGCGCUCCGGGCCACCGAGAGCCUGUGCGGAGCAGCAGUUGCUGUGGUACCUGCCGCUGCCCGAGCGGACGCGCGGAGCAUCGGUGGCCGGAAGGUGAAGCAUGACGUCCGUCAGUGAAAAUAUCCUCUUUGGGAUGGGAAAUCCUCUUCUUGACAUUGCUGCUAUAGUGGACAAAGACUUCCUUGAUAAGUAUUCUUUGAAACCAAAUGAUCAAAUCUUGGCUGAAGACAAACACAAGGAACUGUUUGAUGAACUUGUAAAAAAAUUUCAAGUUGAGUAUCAUGCUGGUGGCUCUACCCAGAAUUCAAUUAAAGUGGCUCAGUGGAUGAUUCAGCAGCCACACAAAGCAGCAACCUUUUUUGGAUGCAUUGGGAUAGAUAAAUUUGGGGAGAUCCUGAAGAGGAAAGCUGCUGAAGCCCAUGUGGAUGCUCAUUACUAUGAGCAGAAUGAGCAGCCGACAGGAACUUGUGCUGCCUGUAUCACUGGUGACAACAGGUCCCUUAUAGCUAAUCUUGCUGCUGCCAAUUGUUAUAAAAAGGAAAAACACCUUGAUCUGGAGAAAAACUGGAUGUUGGUAGAAAAAGCAAGGGUUUACUAUAUAGCUGGUUUUUUUCUUACAGUUUCCCCAGAGUCUGUAUUAAAAGUGGCUCACCAUGCUUCUGACAACAACAGGAUUUUCACUUUGAAUCUUUCUGCACCAUUUAUUUGCCAGUUCUACAAGGAAUCCUUGAUGAAAGUUAUGCCCUUUGUUGACAUACUUUUUGGAAAUGAGAUGGAAGCUGAUGCUUUUGCUAGAGAGCAAGGCUUUGAGACUAAGGACAUUAAGGAGAUAGCCAGGAAGACACAAGCUCUUCCAAAGGUGAACUUGAAGAGACAACGAAUUGUGAUCUUUACCCAAGGAAGUGGUGACACUAUAAUGGCUACAGAAAAUGAAGUCACUGCUUUUCCUGUCCUGGAUCAAGACCAGAAAGAAAUUAUUGACACUAUUGGUGCUGGAGAUGCAUUUGUUGGAGGUUUUCUUUCUCAGCUGGUCUCUGACAAGCCUCUGACUGAAUGCAUCCGGGCAGGCCACUACGCAGCAAGUGUCAUAAUCAGGCAAACCGGCUGCACCUUUCCUGAGAAGCCAGACUUCCGCUGACGGAAGAGCACAGAGCUCGGGCCUGCGAGGACAGUGUGAAUUCCACAUCAAUAGAGAAAAAAAUGUUAGCACCCAUCUUUUCCUACUAUAAUAUGGUCAUUCUUAAUCUAGAGGGUACGGUAAUGCUCAUAGAAUCAUUAGGCUUUCUGCAACCUGAAAAAUAUGCUUAUUUCCAAUGUCUGCUAGUGCCUCUUCAAUGUCAAUUAAACAGGAAUUUCAAUAGAAAUUUUUAUUUCAUUUUCGAUUACUUUGUAAAUUCAAGUGUAUUUAGUGAAUUGAUCAGUUUUUUUACACUUCUGCUUUGAAUGCAGAUGCAAUUUAAUAUGAUAGACUUUUUAAAGAAAUUAAUCCUAACACAUCAAUCUUUAGCUUUUUAUAUAAAUAUAUUUAAUUUAGGAAUGUGUGCAUAUACAUACACACAAAUAAGUAAAUACCACAUAUAUACAGGAUAAGCAGUGAAAUAAUGUACAAAAAUAUUUAUCAUGCCAAAUUACUCCAAAUAAUCUCUUCAGUAUGCACUCAAACAUGUAAUAAACAUUGGUAAUUGAAUAAUUUGCCAAAUUUUAUGUUAUAUUACAAUAUUUGAAUUAUGACCUUAUGCUUACUUAUGGUACUCUAUAAUUUGAUACAAAUAAAAAUUUCUCCUAUGGGAA